AUGGGAGUAUUACAUAUUCAGCUGCGAAAGAAAACGAUAGAAAUAAUCUCCAUGAAUUGGCAUAUUGCGGUCAGGAGACAGAAUAUAUUUCUUAUCUAUACAACAACCGGGACUCUAGUAAAUCAAUUGCCGCUCAAACAUCUUGGCACAAAAUCAUCAGCAGAAUGCAGCAUCGCCGAUCCUGACCAGUGGAUGUGUGGCAGCUUCAAGGUUUGUAUUCGACUUGAUAUUCACCAGGCCGGAAUACUACCGAAAACAAGUCCUCAUGCGGUUUCCUUUACCAUAUUGAGUUGGGAUGCUGAUAAUCCCGGAAAUUCUGAUGAGAAAAUACUUUGUGAAGCUGGGACUUAUGCGUGGCUCCAGGCGAAUUUCCCAGACAUUACUAUCCCCAAACUUUAUGGGUUUGGACUGGCUUCAGGGUGGCUCGGUCAUGCUAUUCCUUCUCAAUAUGUUCAGAUCAAGUACAAAGUACCUAUCACAUUAAGGGCAGGAUAUAUUUUGAUUGAGUAUAUUGAAUGA